CUUGGGCUUUUGAAUUUCGGCAACUUGCAGCCCAAAGUUUAGAUCCACAGUCCGAAACUCAAAAACCGGUUUGCUUUGAAAGCAUUCAGCAGCAUUCGUCUUCUUUCCCAGAAACAAAACCCUACUCUCGAGGUGAUUGAUUUGUGUUUAAAUGCAAAGCAAUAACAAUGGCGAAUCAAGCAGCCGCAUCUUUUAAUGGCAACUUAAAGAAAGCACUUGCUGGUAUCAAGCGUAUUAAUCUGGAAGGUCUACGAUGGAGAGUUUUCGAUGCCAGAGGCCAGGUCCUUGGGAGAUUAGCAGCUCAGAUAUCUACUGUGAUACAAGGCAAGGAUAAGCCCACCUACACUCCUAAUCGUGAUGAUGGGGAUCUGUGCAUUGUGAUUAAUGCAAAGGAUAUAGAAGUUACUGGGAGAAAACUUACGGAUAAGUUCUAUCGCUGGCAUACUGGGUAUGUAGGCAACCUCAAGGAAAGGAGUUUAAAGGACCAGUUGGCCAAGGACCCUACAGAGGUUAUUCGCAAAGCUGUCCUGCGCAUGCUUCCGAGAAAUAAGUUGCGUGAUGAUAGAGAUCGAAAACUUAGAAUAUUUCCUGGAAGUGAGCACCCUUUUGGUGACCGGCCUCUUGAACCAUUUGUCAUGCCACCUCGAAAAGUUAGAGAAAUGCGACCUCGUGCAAGACGAGCCAUGAUUCGAGCUCAGAAAAAGGCUGAGCAGCAACAACAGGAGGCUGCCAAUAAUACAGGAAAAGGCAAAAAGAGAGAAGUUGAAACAGUUAUGGGCACAUGAAAGGCCUUGGUCCUUGGAGCUUUUACUUGCUUCUCUAAUGGGGAAAACAUCCCGAGUCUGUACGUAACCAGGCAAAAAUUCAGGGAUUAUCUAAUGUUCGUAAGGGCUGUGGCAUGCAUGGUUUUUGUAAUUUAUUUAGGUCUCUAAAUUUUAAGAAAAGUUAGGACAGGAAUAUUGAGUUUUGCUCCUCAGAAUUUAAAGUGGUCGAACAAUUUUUGGAAUAACCCUGUAGGGAGUCUCUAUUGAAGUAUUUCGUUUCUUUUCUUUUUAAAAGCAAUGCAUUCAGUAUUCAAUCGCUGUUUCCUGUAA